AUGGUUCGCCUGACCGACCUGUUGGCUCAGCCCAAUCCAUCGGGCGAAGACAUGGAAGUUGUUCUCGAAUAUCUCAUCACGAAACGACAAGCUCUAUACGACCUUGAUCGCUCCAUCUUAGAGGCAACCCCAGAAGACGAGUUGGACGCAGAACUCAGCGUCGCGUUGGAAUACGAACAGAACCUCGAAGAGGCCAUCGCACGAGCACGUCGGUCGCUGCGACGCAUCCCGAGUUCGGCGCCCGUUGUCCAGCAGCGCUCUGAAGCCUCGAAGUCUGUCGCACUUCCGAAACUCCAGAUCCCAAAGUUCUCCAGCAAACUUCAGGAACGGCAACAGUUUUGGGAGCAUUUCGACGUGUCAAUUCAUUCCAACCAGGCGCUGGCCACUGUCGAGAAGUUCAAAUAUCUAGCGUCCUCCCUCGUCGACGGCGCGAAGCGCACUAUCGAAGGCAUACGCAUCAAUGGGGAUAAUUACCCCACCGCCAUCGCGGCCCUCAAGCUCAGGUACGGCCGGCCAGGUUUAUUGACGUCCGAGCACAUCGAUGGGCUACUAGCUCUUCGUCCGGUGACUUGUUCUGAACAGGUAUUCCAGUUAAGGCAUGUGCUUGGCGAGGUCUCAUUUCGCACGUCUGCGUUGGCGGCGUUGGACGUCCCCAAGGAGCACUACGCUGUUAUCCUUGAACGCGUCAUCACGCGGUGCCUUCGACGUGCCUUUCCGUAA